AUAUCUUCAAGAAAAAGGCAACAGAAAUUUGAAAUUUACAAAAGAAGACAUUAAGCCAAUGAUAGUGUUUGUGUAUUUACUGUUGCCGUUGUUCAUAUGGAUGGCUGCUAGUCUUAUUCUGAAAUAAAAAAUGACUUCAGAAGAACAAAAACUGGAGCAAAAACCCGUUUUUAAAGUCUCCUCAUUCCAAUAUCAGAAUGCAAAUAAGAAGAAAUGUGUUUGGAAGGGGCUUAAACAGAUUAUUACAUCUGAAAAAGCCCUUCCUUGGCCUGACCACUGUGUGCACUAUGGCUCUAUAAACGCUCCUCCUUCGUUUAAGCCACCCGAGAAAUUUUCAGAUCUAUCUGGCUUGCCAGCUCCAUAUACAGAUCCUCAAACCAGAUUACGAUUUGCUAAUAAAGACGAAUAUGCAACGAUGAUUGAUUUGCCAAUGGACAUAACCGCUGGAUAUUUGACUUUAAGAGGAGCAACUAGUAUUGUAGGCUGAAGAUUAAGAUAAAUAAACUUUUUUGACUAAAGGUAGAUUAUUGAAAAAUAAUAAGAAUAUACUUGAAAUCUGUUUUCAAUUUUCUGGAACAAGAAGUAAUCCAUCACAAAGACAAGAAAAUAUGUCUCUUUAAUACAAACAAAAAAUUUCUAAUAUA